AUGACAUUUUCACUGAUUGUUGUGGUAUUGUCUGUGGCCGCUUUGGCCCAGGCACAGCCACAUUCCGGUGGGUGGGACAACAACAACUGGGACAACAACAACGGCUGGAACGAUGACAGAUGGAACAACAACAACGACUGGAACAACAACAAUGACUGGAACAACGACGAAGGCUGGGGUCACUCAGGAGGAUGGGGUGGUUCUUCCGGUAGCUGGGGAUCUUCCGGAAGUAUCGGGCACGGCGGCGGUGUCGGCAGCUGGGGCUCUUCCGGGAGUUUUGGGCACGGCAGCGGUGUUGGCAGCUGGGGCUCUUCCGAAAAUAUUGGCCACGGCGGCGGUGUUGGCAGCUGGGGCUCUUCCGGAAGUAUUGGCCACGGCAGCGGUGUCGGAAGCUAUGGCUCUUCCGGAAGUAUUGGCUACGGCAGUGGUGUUGGCAGCUGGGGCUCUUACGGAAGUAUCGGGUACGGCAGCGGCUACGGUUUUGGUGGCGGUUACGGCAAAUCUUUCGGAAAGAGCUACGGAGGUGGUUACGGCCAGUCUUUCGGGAAGAGCUACGGAGGCGGUUACGGCAAGUCUUUCGGGAAGGGCUACGGAGGCGGUUACGGAUACAUGAAGCCCAAGAUCCAUAUGCCUAUUGGUAAGAAAGUUCUGCCUCUGCCCAAACCCAUAAUCCCCGUUCCGGUGGUCCCCGUGCCCAUGCCCGUCCUGAUGCCCACUCUUCCUAUCAUCCAUAAACCCGUCUUCGGCAAGAAGAUGAUUGGAGGUUACGGAAAGAUCGGAGGUGGUUUCGGAGGAAUCGAAGGCGGUUAUGGAAAGAUUGGUGGCAGUUACGGAAAGGUUGGUGGAGGCUAUGGAGGAUUUUUGGGCGGUUACGGCAAGCUCGGAAGAGGUUACGGAGGAGGCUAUGGAGGAAUCGGAGGUGGCAGCAUCAGUGGUUACGGAGGAGGUUACGGGGGAAUCGGAGGAGGUUACGGAGGAAUCGGCGGCGGAUACGGUAGCAUUGGUGGUUACGGAGGAGGGCACGGAGGAAUCGGAGGUGGAUACGGUAGCAUUGGUGGUAUCGGAGGAGGGCACGGAGGAAUCGGAGGUGGAUACGGUAGCAUUGGUGGUAUCGGAGGAGGGCACGGAGGAAUCGGUGGCGGAUACGGUAGCAUUGGUGGAGGGCACGGAGGAAUCGGCGGCGGGUACGGUAGCAUUGGUGGUAUCGGAGGAGGGCACGGAGGAAUCGGAGGCGGAUACGGUAGCAUUGGUGGUAUCGGAGGAGGGCACGGAGGAAUCGGCGGCGGAUACGGUAGCAUUGGUGGUAUCGGAGGAGGGCACGGAGGAAUCGGCGGCGGAUACGGUAGCAUUGGUGGUAUCGGAGGAGGGCACGGAGGAAUCGGAGGCGGAUACGGUAGCAUUGGUGGUUACGGUGGCGGUUUCGGUGGAAUCGGAAGUGGAAGCAUUGGUGGUAUCGGAGGAGGCAUUAGUUCCGGAUACUGGGGGAACGACGACUGGAACAACAACGACAACAAUAACCACAACGGGCGGAACUGGUGA